CGACGUCAUCAACACGCGCCGGUUAACUGUUCCGCUUCGUCCACGCGCAUGCACGCUGAACGAAAUACUGUACGUGGUAUUUCUGCAAAAGAUUAUACUUAACUACAUUUGGAGAUAAGCUUGCCGUUUUCGUCACCCAUCGUCGCUAUUCGACACGCCGUCGGCUGAGUUUGCGGGGGAGUAUGUUUCACGAGGACGAAGAUUGGAAUGACGCCGCCGACGUCUUAAGUCAAAUUGUUGUGAAACAGAAGCCAAACAGUCACAGCACCGAUGUGAAGUCCAAACAUGUGGGAAAGAAGAGUCUCCUGCGGACGCUACAGACUUUGGAAUCGAUACCAGACUGGAAGCGCGACGACCAGCUUCGGCCUGACAGCGACAGCGAAGCCGCCACGCCGGACACCACCAAGAAGAAGAAAAAGAAGAAAAAGAGGAGGAGGACAAAACAAGCCAGUAUGACAACGGCAGAGCAGGAGAACAACACUGAGGUCAAGGAAGAGAAAACUGUAGCCAAGAAGAAAAUGGAAAAGACAAGUGGUGUCCCGAAGAGCAAAAGCGCAUCUGCCGGUGAGGGGGAGGGCAAAGCGAGCCCGCAGCAGCCGGCCGGCGAUGUCCCGAAGGUCAGCAGGCAGCAGUGGAAAAACAAAAUGAAGAACAAGCGGAAAUGCAAAAAUAAAUACCGGCAGAAUAAAGCUCAAGAAGACGUCGGGAAGGACGAUAAAACUCUGCCGACGACGCCUUCACACAUCAACAGCGGCAAGCCGGUCCUAGCGCCAGACAAGCAAACGCUGCCGCAGAAAAGAAAAAAAACAGACGAGGACGUCAACACGGGGACGUCGGCUAUUAAAUGCGCCAAGAAGGAAAGGGACGAAACCGUCAACGGGUCAUCGCGGGCCUCCGAGACGCUCGGGCAAAAAGUGGAGCUUCUGAAACGCCAACGCCUCCGGAAGCUUCUCCGGUCGACCGGUCCCGAGGAGCCCGUUUCGGAGGAGCCCCCCCGAGAAGCCGUUUCGGAGGAGGCCCCCCGGGAAGCCGUUUCCGGGGAGGCCAAGGACGCUACGGGGGACCGCUCGAGUCGUUUGCGCUUGCGCGUGGAGCGGCGCCUGGAAGCGGCCCGCUUCCGCUACAUCAACCAGUUGCUGUACAGCAGCAGCAGCGGCGAGGCCAAGCGCAUGUUCCAGCAGGACCCGCAGGCCUUCCAGAUCUACCACAGGGGCUUCACGGAGCAGGUGCGCCACUGGCCCGCCAACCCCGUGGACGCCAUCAUCGCCUACAUCCACAAGAAACCGUCCUCGCUGGUGGUGGCCGACUUCGGCUGCGGCGACUGCAAGAUCGCACUCAGCGUCAAGAACAAAGUGCACAGCUUCGACUUGGUGGCGACUUGCGACCUGGUGACGGUCUGCGACAUGGCCCAUGUGCCGCUGCCGGACAGGUCGGUGGACAUUGGCGUCUUCUGCCUGUCGCUGAUGGGAACCAAUCUGGCGGCUUUCCUCGUCGAGGCCAACCGGGUCUUGAAAAAGGGGGGCGUGCUGAAAAUCGCGGAGGUAGCGAGCAGGUUCGACAACGUGCGUAACUUUCUCACGGGGCUGGCCAAAUUGGGAUUCAAGUUGGAGUCCAAGGACACGGAGAACACACAUUUCUACACGUUCGACCUCACCAAGACGAGCGAUGCGCCAGAAAAAGUGAAGAAUUUCGGCUUGCAGCUGAAGGCCUGCUUGUACAAGAAGAGAUGACGUGAAAAAUUAACUGCAAAGUAUUCGCUUGGACCGCUGCACCGUUGUUGAAAAAUGCGUUUGUGAUUUGUUAUCUUGACUGGCUGCUUUUGUUUCCAAUUCCUUCCAAUAUGGAAAAUUGUAUCAUAUGUAAAAUACUGUGGGGGGGGGGGGGGGCAACAUUAAACAUUUUGACGAGAA